AUGCCUACUAUCUCGGUCGACAAGGCCGCGCUCUUCAAGGAGCUCGGACGGGAAUAUACUACGGAGGAGUUUGAUGAGCUUUGUUUCGAAUUCGGCAUUGAGCUCGACGAGGAUACAACGAACUCGGAUAGGCCAAUCGUGGAUGGAAAGCAGGUCCCGCCUGAGCUGAAGAUCGAAAUCCCGGCCAACCGAUAUGACUUGCUGUGCUUCGAGGGAAUUGCCCUCAUGCUCAAUAUCUUCUUAGGAAGAAAGCCUCUACCCAACUACAGGCUCGUCGAGCCCGUCAACGGAGAGGUGGAGAAAAUUAUCGUCAAAGAGGACACCAUGAAAGUUCGGCCUUUGGUUUCCGGCGCGAUCCUUCGCAAUGUCAAGUUCGAUAAAGCUCGCUAUGAAUCUUUCAUUGCUCUCCAAGACAAGCUGCACCAAAACCUUGCUAGGCAAAGAACGCUCGUGUCCAUUGGUACCCAUGAUUUGGAUACGAUAAAGGGACCUUUUACCUACGAAGCCUUGCCCCCGAAAGAUAUUAAAUUCAUCCCGUUGAACCAGACUAAGGAGAUGGAUGGAGAGGAGUUGAUGGGCUUCUAUGAGAAAGACAGGCAUUUAGGCAAAUACCUCCACAUCAUCCGGGACUCGCCCGUUUACCCAGUUAUCUAUGACUCGAACAGAGUCGUUUGCUCGUUGCCCCCUAUUAUCAAUGGUAAUCACUCGAAAAUUACCAUGGACACUAAAAAUGUCUUCAUUGAGAUUACGGCACUUGAUAAGACGAAGGUUGAGAUUGUCAAUAAGGUCAUGGUUGCGAUAUUCUCGCAAUACACGUCGGAGCCGUUCACCAUUGAGCCUGUCCAAAUUGUUUCGGACCACAACAAUGAGACCCGUCUAGUCCCAGACAUUGCACCACGCACAACUCAGGCGGAGGUUUCUUACCUCAACGAGUGCUGUGGUCUGGAGCUCUCCCCUGAAGAGAUCUGCAAGCUCCUGACGAAGAUGGCUUAUAAUGCACGACCAUCCAAGACAUCUCCUGAUCUUGUGGAUGUCGAUAUCCCCCCAACCCGGGCCGAUGUGCUUCAUCAAGCAGACAUCAUGGAGGAUGUCGCCAUUGCUUACGGCUUCAACAAUCUUCCCCGUUCUUUCCCAAGCAAGUCCGGCACGAUAGCCCAACCUCUACCUAUCAACAAGCUCACCGAUAUUCUUAGAAUGGAGGCGGCGAUGGCAGGCUGGUCUGAGGUCUUGCCUUUGAUUUUGUGUUCACACGAUGAGAACUUCGCUUGGCUCAACCGCAAGGACGACGGUAACACUGCAGUCAAGCUGGCUAACCCUAAAACCCUGGAGUUUCAGGUUGUCCGUACAAGCCUCCUGCCCGGCCUUCUCAAGACAAUUCGCGAGAACAAGCAUCACUCCGUCCCCAUGAAGAUCUUCGAGGUCAGCGAUGUAGCCUUCAAGGACCUGUCGUUGGAGCGUAAAAGCCGGAACGAGAGACACUUCGCGGCAGCAUGGUACGGCAAGACCAGCGGCUUCGAGGUUGUGCACGGCCUUCUCGACCGCGUCAUGGCUAUGCUCAAGAGCGCCUUCAUCACCGGCGAAGAAGGCCUCGAGAACCAGGAGAUGAAUGAUUCCCACUACUGGAUCGAAGAACUUGACGAGCCCACAUAUUUCCCCGGUCACGCCGCCUCCGUUCACGUGCGCUUUGGGGGCAAGGAUCACGUUAUCGGUUCCUUUGGUAUCCUGCACCCUACGGUGUUGGAGAAGUACGAGCUGAAAUACCCCGUCAGCACUCUAGAGAUCAACAUUGAAGCUUUUCUAUGA